AUCCACUCGUGCUUCGCUGCAGCGUCUCGACGCUGCGCGAAAUAUCGUUGUUUAUCGUUUAAUUCUUCGCCGCUAGUCGAUAUGCAUAAUCUGAGAGUGAAACACGCCAGGACGUACGCAGUGGCGCUUUUCGCGCUACUACGAUUCGCUUCUAACGCCGACGCGGAUGACAGCGACUUCAUCCGCGACUACUUCGUGCACAAGGCGGUGCGGAGUGUCGUCGGAUUCUCCUGUGGAAACUCCACAAGCGAUUUUCAUCUCAUGAAGAAAUUAAGCCGCGCCGGCAUAUUCACGAUCGUCCGGAAUCCCGACGCGAGACUCAACAUACGGCGCUUCCUCAACACGGAGACUUGGACCUUGGGCGUCAUCGUGGAUCUACGAUGCUACGAGAACAACAGCACCGUGGCUAUUUUCUCCGAGAGCUCGAGGUAUCGCAUGUACGAUUACUCAUAUAACUGGCUGGUCCUGGGAUCGAAGCUGAACAAGAGCGUGUCGCUUCUGAACGACAGCGCAUACAGCAUGACCACCGAUCUCGCGCUCGCGAUCACGAACGGCAGCAAUUAUGAUCUCUACGAUGUCUUCAAUCACUGCAAGUAUCGAGGAGGUAUUCUAAACGUGACGAGGCUGGGUUUCUGGCGGCUCGGAAUCGGCCUCAUCAUCACUCUGACUCAACCUUUGGUCCAGAGGAGGGCCAAUAUGCAUGGCAUGAUGCUGAAGAUAUCCGGUGUGAUACAAUAUAGACCGAAGAAUAUGCGACUGGAGGAUUACAUGUACGACAUCAACACUAGAUCUUUAGACAGCAUGCACAAGUUUGUGUACGCGAUGAUAUCUCACACCGCUGACCUCUUCAACUUCAGUGUACAUGCCUCGGAGAUCAUUUACUGGGAUCGUCACAGCGUGCACGGCUUGAUAUUCGAGAUCUUGAAUGCGAAUUACAUCGACUUCGGCAGUAACCCCAGGAUUAUGGUAUCCGAGAGAUUAGAUUAUGCCACUCUCAUCGGUGCGGCAUGGCCAAUUCGACCCUGUUUCAUGCUGUUGUCCACCACGGGAAACAAGAUCAAGCUCGAAAUCUUCUUGAAACCUUUCUCGCGAGAGGUCUGGUAUGUGAACAGCGUGUUCAUCGUAUUCUGCAUCUUCAUAAUGAGGAUAAUAAUGAGACGCGAGGAAGCGAGCAGGAGCGAGAAGUAUUCCGGCGCAAUGGUUCUUACCAUCGGCGUAGUCGCUCAGCAGGGUGCGGACUUCUCUCCCGUGCGCACUGCGAGCCGCAUCGCUCUCCUGCAGAUCCUCGUGUUCAACUGGAUCAUGUUCAACUACUAUUCGGGCAGCAUAGUAUCGGCUCGUCUGAGCGAACCGCUCGACAUGAUGGAAGACUCCGUGACGGUGCUCGCGGACAGCGACCUGAAGAUCGCUGCGGAGGCUGUGCCAUACCUGAACUACUUCUUAUACAAACUCAACUGGGAGUCGAAUUACUUCAGGAAGAAACGCUGGGACCCUCUGCCAGAGUCGAAAAGGUAUUUGCCGUUAGAGGAGGGAAUGAAGCAGGUGAGCGAAGGCACUUUGGCGUAUCACACGGACCCCAAUACAGCGUAUCCAUACAUCGAGAAGAUGUUCGACGCGAACAAGAUUUGCGCACUGACGGAGAUCCAUCUGUUCAAGCAGUCCGUCAUGGGUAUGUACGCCAGUCGCAACGGUCAGUUCACCGAGAUAGCAAAGAUCGGAUUGUCUAAGAUGUUUAAUACUGGAUUGCGCGACCGUCAGAUAAAAUUUUGGUCGAGUAGGAAACCUCAGUGCCAGCUCGACACAUUGUCCACGAGAAGCAUAAGCAUAUACGAGACCGCCCCGGCUUUGAUUCUGCUAGUCUCUGGUAUGUUCGUCGCGUGUGUAAUGUGCGUCAUCGAGAACAUUGUCUACAAUCGAUCCAUGAGGAGGAAGAGGCGAGGGCAAGCGAGCAGCGACGAUGUGGAGAAGGUGGCUAGUACGAGCGAGCACAGGACGUCCAAAUGAGAUACCUCGAGGAAGUGAAACCUCCACGCGUCCGUCGUGUGUUACAAAUCAUGAAUUCGUUAAUAUCUCGUUGUCGCACGUUGGACAAGCGCGUAUAAUAGCUGUAAUUUUCCUCAGUCACUGUAAUCGUUCGAAUAAAAGCGAGGAUCGCU